UGCAACAGGUUUUACAGGCUAUGUCAACCCCAGAAUAGCUGUAUGGAUAUUGUGGAUUGUUACUUCCGUAUAUGUUGCAGACUAUUUCUCGCUGAAAAUGCCCGAAAUAUUGCUGAUCGUGGGUGUUGUGAUUGGGGUGCUGAUGAUAUUUCGUACAUAUGUAAAUGGAGCGCGAUGCAAAAGCAAGGAAAAACUGCACGGCAAGACGGUCAUCGUUACAGGUAGUAACACGGGCAUCGGUAGAGUCACCGCGGUGGAUUUAGCGCGGAGAGGCGCGAGAGUCAUUCUGGCCUGUCGGAACCAAACACGCGGCCAAGCUGCUGCUGCUGUUGUGCAAAGAGAGAGUGGGAGUAAAAAUGUGGUGUACAUGCAGCUGGAUUUGGCCAGUUUGAAAUCAGUGCGCUCCUUUACAGAAACUUUUCUCAAGACCGAGAGAAGACUGGAUAUUCUUAUCAACAAUGCAGGAGUUUAUAUGCAGGGCAUUACUGAAGAUGGUUUUGGUCUUAUGUUUGGCGUCAAUCACCUUGGUCACUUCCUCCUGACUAACCUGCUGCUGGACAGAUUGAAAGAGUGCGCGCCAAGCCGCAUUGUCACCGUAUCUUCAUAUUUACAUAAUCAUGGUAACCUUGACUUUGACACUCUUCGCACCCACAAGGAGUUUGGAGUAGGUGAGUCUUUCUGGAAUGUCUUCAGGAUAUAUUCCCACAGCAAACUGUGCAAUGUGCUCUUCACACAUGAGCUCGCCAAGAGGCUGCAAGGAACCCACGUGACCUGUUACAGCCUCCACCCAGGUGCUAUAAACUCAGAUUUGGCCCGCAAUUUGAAUAAAAUGUCUAGGAGGCUUUUGAAAGGCAUCGCAGCUCUGUUCUUUAAGGAUGUAGAGGCUGGUGCCCAGACAACUCUACACUGUGCCGUGCAGGAGGGCAUUGAAGCCCUGAGUGGCAGGUAUUUCUCCAACUGUGCUGUGCAGAAAGUGAAAGCCAAGGCUCAAGAUGAUGCUGUGGCCAAAAAACUAUGGGAAGUGAGUGAGACAUUAAGUGGUCUGUCCUGAAACCCUAUGUUAUACUCGCUACACAUGAGUGUAAUUAUAAUUUUUAGCUACUAUAAUCACCUGUUUUGCAGAUUUAUGAAAAGACCAUGAGACUUGUAGUUCCUGACUUUGACUUUAAAAAGAUGAUCCUCAUGAGUUUACAUUGUUGAAAUUUUCACUUGGAAUAAAACAUUUUAUUUGGGA